AAGAGCAGCAGGCGUUGUGCGGAUUUGGUUGCGCGGAAAUUUAUCAUUUUCUGUACCAACAAGCCCCAGCGCCAGUCCUCGAGUACACGUUUAUAGUUUUUGGCUGAAAGUCACUGACAGUAGCAGCACCAGCAGCCAGUAGCCAGUAGCUGUGGCAUCUGCGAGAGAGAUACUUUUCUUUGCGAGUUUGGUGGUACAAGUUGAAAGUGUUGCAAUUGCAAGUACAGUGCAGCAGCGGUGCAACGAAUCGAAACGACAGCAGAAACCAUCCACCGGGUCUGGAGGAUAGAUCUCUGAACUGCGUACUCCCGAUCGAACGUGGAUAAGUUACACAGUUGUUUGAUUGUUUUUUUGUGAAUGUUGAAGAUCCUGGAAUAUAAUACUGUUUGGUAAGGAUGGAUUUUUUCGGUCGCUGAUCAAUAGGAAGACAGACAUUACAUAUCCGAGCGAGGUGGAUCGGAGCGUCACUUCGUUAAAACAGUACAGCAGCAGUGCGUCGGGCAAGAAGUGAUUCACGCUGUGCCAUUUGCCAGGCAAUCCGGGAAUGGGCAAACGACAAACGGCAAACGGUGGGUCGGUUGGACGCGACGCGGCUAACACACAGCAAUCUCAAAUUUAUAAGAAAAGCCUAGGUCAAUAAUGUCUAUAGUGAUGUGUUUUUUUGAUACAUGAGAUAGUCGCUUAGUUAGUUGAUUAUUAUUUGCCUGUCGUCAUAUUAUCUGCACUGUUGGCACUUCGCAUUCGAGUGUAUGUGGUGGAUGUUUUUACUAAUGGUUUGAAAGGGAAAAAAAAUUGUUACAAUUGCAAGAUAAGGAAUCAGCGUAAUCAGCGAAAGUGAAUGAACAGGCCAAGGCGAAGCAUUAAAAAUAACUCUAUUUUGGCGAUCAUCUCAUCUAUGACCAACGUCGCGGUCUCAAGUGAGUGUUAGUUUCGAGACGGUUGCAAAUAUUUUUUUGUUUCUUCUGUGCUGACCGUGUGUGUUUUAGAGGUGUUUUUCGGUUUUUGCUACAUCGGUUGUAAGUUAAUACUAGCGCAAACAAGCGGCAAUUGCUCGCUCUUGCGGUGUUUUGGCAUUCUCAAGGAAACGGACAACAUUUUGCCGUGCGAAACACCCAUACAAUAAUUCGCGAAUGUUAUCUCAUUUGAGUUGAAGAUCUCCGCAAAAUGGUUUACUACACCGGACUGCCGCUGCUAAUGCAGCAGGCUGAUAGCAAUACAUUAUCUCAGCUAUGCUUCCCCAACAAUGCGACCAACGAUCGAAGUAACGAUCAAAGCCAACAACAACAACAACAACAACAACAACAUCUGCAGCAGCAACAACUCCAACAGCAAAGGAUACAGUACCAGCAACAGGUCGUCAAUCUAAGUAGUAGCAGUAGCAGUAGUAGUAGUAGUAGUAAUAAUUUAAACGAACACCAAUCAGCGCUGUUGGCUGGUCCUUCGCCUUCGGCACAACCCAGCGGAAGCAAUAGCAAUAAACUGACCUCCCUGCCGGUAGGCUACGGUAAUUUUCAGUCCACGAUGGUUGCAAUGCCCCAGCAGUCGGUUGGCAACUCCGCAAAGUUCCGAUGUGAACAAUGCAACAUUAACUUCGGAAGCAAAAGUGCUCACACGAGUCACAUGAAGUCGCAUGCCAAGCAACAGCAGCAGCAGCAGCAGAUUGUUCUGAGCGAGGGUAAGAUGGUCAGUACCAAAAACAUGAAUGCGGCCUCAAUGGCUAUCCAAGGAACGGUCGCUUCAGCCGAUCCGUACCAGUGCGAUGUGUGCAAGAAAACGUUUGCCGUUCCGGCUCGACUGGUGCGACACUAUCGAACACACACCGGUGAGCGUCCGUUCGAAUGUGACUUCUGUCACAAAAUGUUCAGCGUGAAGGAAAAUCUGCAGGUUCACCGACGAAUUCACACCAAGGAACGGCCGUAUAAGUGCGAGAUCUGCGAUCGGGCCUUCGAGCACAGUGGCAAACUGCAUCGGCACAUGCGGAUUCACACCGGGGAACGACCGCACAAGUGUAGCGUAUGUGGCAAGACGUUCAUCCAGUCUGGCCAACUAGUCAUUCAUAUGCGAACACAUACGGGUGAGAAACCCUACAAAUGUCCCGUGGAAGGAUGCGGCAAGGGCUUUACGUGCUCGAAACAGUUGAAGGUACAUUCACGGACACACACCGGCGAAAAACCAUACCAUUGUGAUAUUUGCUUCCGUGACUUUGGCUACAACCACGUGUUGAAGUUGCACAGGGUACAACAUUAUGGAUCGAAGUGCUACAAGUGCACGAUUUGCGAUGAGACUUUCAAAAGCAAGAAAGAGAUGGAAGCGCACAUCAAAGGGCACGCAAAGGGGACUGCCGAAGAGGAAGACAAUGAUAACAAGGCUACCGUGAGUACUUCUCUGAGUGCCGGAUCUAGCCGAAGUAGUCCGGAUUAUUCAUCGAGUUCAAGUAAUCUAGAGGCACCCAACAGCCUGAUGGCAGAACAACCGAUGGAACUGGAGGAGAAUCUGUCCGCCACGCCACGACUUGAUACUCAGGAACCGGGCGAUGAUGGCACCAGUGGGAACAAAAUGAACCGUUUCCCAGACAACAUUCACUACUACUCGCAGUUCGAGCAAUCAGUUCUACGAAGUUAUGGCGUGCAGUCCGGCGUAAAUCCGGCUUUGCUAGCGGCAGCAUCUAUCGCCGCUGCCGCAACCGAAAUUCAAAGCAAUAAAACACCAUCUCCUCCGCCGCUGGCGUUCACAAUGACGCAGCAUCAACAGCAACAUCACCAACAAUUGCUGACCUCAACCGCUGGUCGGUUGUCGCCAUCAUCCAUGCAGUCACCAGUGGUUGACAUUAUUAUGCAACAUCAACAGCAACAGCAACAACAACAACAACAGCCCCAGUCUCAUCUGCUUCAGCACCAGCAACUUCCAGAGUCACAUCAUCAGCACCAAGUUCCGGUCAGUUCAAACACCCUCAAAUUCGAACCGAUGGCCGUCAUGAAAAACCAUGGUUACUUUGCGCCGGCUUCACAGGUUACCGAGUUCCGAUCAUCCAGCGACAUCGUGCGCCAGGUUGAGGCAGCGAUCGCUGGCACCGAGAAUCUGCUGACACCGCCCCGAUCGUCUCCGGAAUCGCCGGAUCGUUCGUCGUCACCCGAAUCCGAUUCAGUAUUAAUGGCCAAUCGCGAUAACAACACGCUGCCACCACGGAAGCGACGACUGUACUUCAAGGAUCAACCGGUUCGCAGCGGCAUUGACCAACAACGGGACACGGGUCUGGUGCCAACGGUUUCGGUAAGACAGCCACCGGACGUGAAUAAUCCCGCCGUCGCCGCCCCGGCAUCGUCGUCGCCACCGGUUGUGCGGAUGAGCUCGGUCAUCCAGUACGCCAAGGCGUCGUACGAGUGAACGGAGUCAAAUCCAGGAACCAGGAAUCGAUGAAAAAUAAGAUAUUCUGAAAAAAAGAGACAAAAAAAACUAAUCAAAUGGCCAUAGUCGAAACAUGCCGAUGAAAGAGAUACCGUAAGUUCGUUUUGUCGGGAGAGACCGUUUGGUUGCGUGUAGUUGAAUCGUUGAGAAUUCUGAGUAGAAUGAAAUUCUAAAUUAGUUAAAAGUGCCAUCGUAAACAAGUUUUGAACACAGGUCCUCAUGUUUAUGAUUACAGAUUGUAGGUCCGCAGGAGACUUUUGACGAAAUCAUACCUUUUGUGCGCGUUCUCUGUUGUUGGAUCAUAUGAAUUUUAACUGGAAGGGAAAACAAUUUUACCUCUUCACAACUAGUGCGCAAGAUUAAUUCGGUUUUAUUGCUUCAACUUACAUAAAACAAUACUUGCCAGUGAACUGCAGUAUGAGCAAACAAAUAAACACACGGUACACAAUCUAUUUUUUUAAAUCUUCCUUUGUAACACAUGGAUCAAAAAGUCCCGAGACUAACAAUGGAAACAACAUUUUUUUGCAAAAUUUUUUUUAUUCAUCAACAUAAUCACCUUUUAGAGUGAUACAAUGGUUCCAACGUUUUUCCAAUUUUUCAAUACUUCAGUUUCAGCGAUGACCUCCUCAUUUGAGCCAAAUCUUUUUCCCUGGAGCAUUUUUUUAAGGUCAGCAAAGAGCCAGUAGUCACUGGGGGCUAAAACUGGCGAGUAUGGGGGGUGGGGAAGCAGAUCAAAGCUCAAUUCUUUCAAUUUCGUCAUUGUUUUCAUCGACUUGUGGCAGGGUGACUCGUUGCUGUUUUUGUUCCAUCGAAAGCAAUCGCGGCACCCACUUGGAAAAAACCUUUUUUAUGCUCAAUUUUUCAUGAAGGAUAGUAAAUACACUUCCAUAUGAUAUCUUUGUCAUCUCAGCAAUCUCACGGAGCUUCACUUCACGAUUUUUCAUUAUAAUUUUUGUCACUUCACUCACAUUUUCCGGUGUAACGGCUUCCACAGGUCUACCCGAGCGUUCCGCGUCAUUUGUGUCGGUACGACCACGUUUAAACUCGGCGAACCACCGACAAAUCGUUGCUUUUGAUGGACAAGAGUCCGAAUAACAUUUUUCAAUCCAUUGUUUUGCUUGCACGGUGUUUUUACCCUUUAAAAAACAAUGUUUUAUCAAAACACGAAACUCGGUUUUUUUUUUUUCAUUUUUUAAACAAACUACAAAACGACUUUACUUCAACCUCGAUAACUCAGCUGUUUCUGGUCGGAUCGACUUAAAAUUUUGACCCGUUUCAAGCAAAGGUUAGUACUCUAGAAAGACGUGCUUUCUCUCUUACGACUUAAUCAAUUAUUCUGGAACAGUUUGCUUACUGAACGUUUGCAUAUAAAAAUGAACUUUUUCCGAAUGGUGAUAAAAUCAAAGGCUAACACGGAUAAUUGCUUUUGAUAAAUUUCCCAUGGAAUGUAAUUAUUUUAGCUUACUUGCAAAACAAUCUACUCUGGCUUGGGUACCGCACAGAGAUGUCAGGUAACAAUUUCAAAUAUCUUCAGACAGGAUUGCAAAAGUCAGUAAAUCCGAAAAAAUGUCUGCAGUCAGCAAUUUCUCUAUAAAGUAUGAUACGCUGAACUGACUUGGCGAGCAAAAAAAAACGUCGCAAGCAAUUUCAAAAGUCUGUAAAUUUUGACGAAAGUCUGCGAAAAACUCGAUUUUCAUAAGUCUGCGAGAAAAGCCGGCAACAAACAAUGUCUGCAGAUUUACAGACAAAAUUUCUACACUGUUUUUGCCAUCACGGUUAUGGCAAAGAUAAACUUAAGAUGAAAUAAGCUAUCAUUUCUCAUGUACCAUUCAAAUAGGACCCCUCGAUGAUUUCGGUUGACCGUCAGUUGCAGUUCAAUUAUUGUUUGAAACAAAACAACAAGCGUCGAAUCGUUACAUGCGUCGUAGCUAUGACAAUGUUUGUUUAUGUAGAAUUAAUCUUAAGUUGCAAUAUGAAAGAAAUCGCGGUAUUUUGCUGCAUAUCGAGAGGAUCUUGAAACUUGAAAAAUCAAUUAAAUUAUUACUAAGAAUAUAUUUAAUUCAUUAUAAUCCUAUCUUACGAAUCAUUAAUGUGAAUGGAAGUAACAAAAUAUUAUGUUGUUAUGUUAUGUAGAUUUACUUCCAAACUUGUAUUGUUACUAUGGUAUUUUAUCGUCAUUUUCAAAUGUUUAACGACGCUUAUUAACGAAGGGUCUACAAAAUUACACUAUUACUAAGUUCACUGGUUCACGAUUACUGAUCCGAUAUUUUUCUAAAGAUUACAAUGUCCCAUAUGAUCCAUUGAAUAAUGUUUGGGUAAUCGUAAUCGUGAACCAGUGAACUUAGUAUUAAUGUAAUUUUAUUGACCCUUCGUUAAUUAGCGUCAACUAGCUCCGGCAAAAUGCUAUGGAAACAAUACAAGUUAGAAAGAAAACAAGCAUAUGUUUAUACUCAGCACAUAAUGAUUUCUUGCUUCAGAUGGCUUUAAUGCUUCGUGAAAUGAGACAAUAACAAACUAAAUAAAAUUUAGUUAUAAUUCUAAGUAAUUUUUACUUUUUAAUUUGAGGAGUUACUGAAUAAGCAGUAGAAUAGCUCAAUGUCGCUCAUACUGUAACUUGAUAUUUUUUCAAACAUAAACAAGCAUUGCCAUAGUUACGACGUAUGUAGCGAUCAGACGCUUGAUGUUUUGCUUCAAAAGACGGAAGCUGACAGUGAACAGAGCUUAUCAAGGGGGGGGGGGGGGUCCUAUUCAAAUGAUACCUGAGAAAUCGCAGACCACUCUAUCUUGAGUUUAUCUUUGAUGUUUCGAUGGAUCGUAUAAGACAUUGUAAUCUUGAGUUUAUCUUUGGUUAUAGUUCGACUGAUAGAGCUGUCAAAUUUUGUCUGUUGACUCAUGGGUUACUAUGAUUGAGGAUGCAUGGGUAGUUUCGUCACAGACUAACAGACACACUGGGACACUAGUUCCACCUAUAUUGAACUGCGCGAACUAUUUACUAUCGUUCACCCCUUGUGUUACGUAAAAGUUUUUUUACUAGUUGGGUUACUCUGUUGGUAAAUGAAAAAAUUAAACAUAGUCUAGAUGACAGACUGAUUGUUUUUGAUAGGAUAACGUGGCGCCAUCAUGAUAUAUGCGAGUACUGUCCCAACAAAAGACCGUUAAAAUGAUUAAAGUAUCCAAUUUAAGUGUCCCGUCUGUUAGUCUGUGGUCUCGUCAGUGCGGGUGAAGGUGAAGUCAUGAAAAAUCGGCAAUUUUUGUUCGUUUUUUUAAAUGCAAAUGUUAUACACAGUUGCACCGAAAGUGACCGACUUCUUUUUCUUCUUAUUCUUCUUUUUCAAUCUUUCUUCGAUUGGAAAGGUAACAAUGAUCAUACAUCCAAAGAUAAAUUCAAAAAAUGGAAUGGAGUAUGAUUUUUCAUGACCCAUCCAAAUUAAAUCUCUCGAUGAACUCGGUUCAUCAUCAGCAGCAGUUCAAUGAUUAGUUGAACCGAAACAGUAAAUGUCAAGCCACUAACUAUGACGGUGUUUGUUUGUAUAUAAAUAACAAAUCGAGUCGAAAUAUGGUAUAAUGAUAUCGAAAAAUCUCGCAUCACAUUCCAUGGCUCUUUGUAAUUGAAUUUAGAAGUAGUUUAAUAUAUUCAACUAACCUAAUAUUGAGUUAGUGUAAGACGUUUCGCAUUCGCAUUUGAAGCAUAAACGCAGUCAGAAGUAUAAACGAAUAUAUAGACUAGACAGUAACAAUCUUCAUAAAACUGGCAGCGCUGCUGAAUUCCCAUCUUCAUUUUCACGCAAAUGUCGAACAACAUAUUCUAAAACACGAUCCUCCAUGAACAGGCUGUUCUUGAAGUAUAAUAUCAAAUCGAAAUACAAUCCAGAAUCAAGCCAAUCUAUAUACAAUUCUUGUGAGAUUUGUGAGUAAGAAAAUGGAAGUGAAAAGAUGAAAGCUCAAGUGGUGUUACGGCUAAAAAUUGGUCAAAUAAGAAUGAGUGGAAAAAGUUUAAAUGUUUCAUUAGAAAAUCAAAUCAUGUCUUUUUUCCAAAUUCAAUCUAUACAAAUACAGAAAAAAAAUUCAGGUACAGGUUCAGAAUUAGAAUCCAGGUCCCCGUUCAUGAUUCAGAUGUAUGGCUCGGAUCUCUGUUGAAUUUUCAGAACUCGAACUCAAAAUCUUGUUCGAAUCACGAACUAAGGUCAAACAUCCUGCUUCCUGUAUCAGAAUUUAGGUUCAUAGAAAUUUCUCUAGGAAUUCGGAUCCAGAAUCUAGGUCUGGGAUAAGAAUCCAUGACCAAAACUGCAGUCAGUUCAGAAUUCAGAUCAUGGAAAUCGAUGAAUUCCUGUCAGGAGUUCAAGCCUAGAACUCAGACCCGGAAUUCGGAUCACGAUUUCCACUCAGGAAUCCAGAUUUAUGUUCUGAAACUAGGUCCAGAAUUCAGGUGAGGAGUCAAGGUUCUGGGUCUGGUUUCGGAUCCCAAAACUCUGUCAGGAGUUCCGGUCCUGAAUCCAAUUCCGGUAUCAGGAUUCUGGCCCAGAUUCAAUGUCCAAGUCCAGAUUGAGAAUUAUUUUCUAGAAUCCAGAUCCAAAAUCCAGGUUCAGGUGAAAACUCUGUCAAGAAUUUUGGUCCAGAAUCUGGGUCCAAGUUCAGAAUUUAUAUUCAUAGGUCAAGGGUUGUGGUCCAGCAUCUCGUUUUAGAAUCCAGGUCCAGACUAAGAAUUCUGGUCCGGAAUCGAAGUCCCGUAUUUAGGUUCAGAAUUCAGAUUCUGCACUCAAGUCUCAAAUUCAUAUUCAGAGGUUAGGCCAAGUUUACUCCAUUCAGGUCCAGGUUCUGAAUCCAAACAGAGAAUACUGGUUCAUGGUCAGAAUACCGAUCCAAGAUCAGAAUUCAUGUACAUAACUCAGCUCCAGAAUUAAAGUGCUUAAUCAUGCUACAAAAUUUGGACCUAGAUUCCAAGCCCAGAGUUCUGUUUCUGAAUCCAGGCUCAGGUUCAGAAUCCAAAAUCUGGAUCAAGUUCCAGGUUCACGAUUUCAAUGUAUGUCACGGAUCUCUGUCAAAUUAUCAGAGUCUUGAAUCCAGGGCCAGAAUCUUGCUUCAGAUUUAGACUCAAAAUCUACGUCAGUAGUUCAAGUCAAGAAACUAGGUUCAGGUCCAAAAUGCGAAUCCAUGCUCAGAAUCCAAGUGCAGAUUUAUGCUUCAGGUUCAGAAUUCUUCUGUCAGAAUUUUGGGUCAAACCCAAAUGUCCUGAUUCAGUAUUAAGAUCCAGAAAACUUGUCGGGCCUUGGGAUUCAGAAUUCUGGUCUAGGUUUAGAAUCUCUGUCAAUAAGUCAGGUUCGAGUUUAGAAUUGAGGAAUCCUAAAGAACUCAGGUCCAGAAUACAGUGCAAAUUCACAGUCCAAGGGAAAAAUACUGGUUAAGAAUCCAGGCACAGAACUCACGUCCACAGUCUAUUUUAGGUUCAAAGUUUAGUUUCAGAAACUCUGUCAAAAGUUCGGAAACCAAAAUCCUGAUCCAGAGUCCAAGUCCAAGCCAAUGUUUCGAAUUCAGGCUCAGGUUCAGAAUCUAGGUUAAGGUCUCUGUCAGGAGUUCAGGUUCACAAUCUCGAUCCAGGUCCAUUUUCCGAAUCCAAGUACUGAAUUCUGCUUCAAGUUCAUCCAUAUCCGGCUGAAGAAUCUUAAUGCAGGUUCAGAUUCAGUAUUCUGAUCCAGAAACCUUGUUUGGUAGCCAGAUCCAGUGUCCAGGGCCAUAAUACAGAUCUAGAUAUCGCUUAGUUAUUAUUGAGUGAGAGACUCAAACACAGAAUAAAUAGCAGAGCUCAGUUGAAUAUGAGUACGGUUAACCUAUUGAAAUAUAUUUUCGAAAACAAAAUAAGGACAGAUCACGCUUUUCAAACGCUAAUUCGCUACAUACAAAAAAAAACAAACGGUUCUCCAGCAAAAAGACAGUAAUUUCUGCGAUUGCAGUUUCUGUAAAAUAUAAUAGUUGCCCGAUCUUCGCGUAGUCGGCAAAACUAAAAUAGCAGACUUAUUAGUGGAUAGUUAAAUUAAUGGUGACGAUUUUUAGAAGAUAAUAUUUAUCUACAUACAACAAAUGCAGUAGUAUUUAGCGAGUCAGAGUUAAGAAUAUACACACACACAUACACACAACCACUUACAUACGAACACGUUCACAUACACAUACUAUCAUCAACAAGACUGUCUCAGGUUAAUCAGUCAUUACAGUGGAUAAGCGAGUUCUGAUCGGGAUGCGAAUCUGUUGGGAUCAUCAACCGAACGGAGGGAGAUACAGAGCAAGGAAAUAGGAAGGGGGAUGUUUUUUUGGACAAAGGAAAUAUUAAGACUGUUGAAAUGUCAAAAAAUUCUAGUAAUCAAGAAAUAGUUUAGUGUGCUAACGGUAACGAGUGGAAAAGUAUAACCAGUUAAGUUGAGAUCGGGGGCAGAGACAAGCUAUAUUUUAUGAGUAAUUCUAUCAUUUGGAUAGCAAAUGGCAGUGAAUCCAGAAACAACAAACAAAAACAAGCAAAAAACAAAAAAUUGAAAUUCGAUGGCCAUGUAAAAAGACUAGUUUUUUUUAUCUAGCGAAAGGAGAAAGGCAACAGGCAGGGAAGGUAGGAAAAGCGAAAAAGAUAGACUGUAAAGCCCAAAAUUAAACUUUAGCUGUAAGAGAACAAAAAAUUAAACCACUUUUCUAGAGAAAAACGAAAUAAGUAGCAAGUAAGGGAUUGCUUUCCGAAACCCAAGAAAAAAAAACAAUUCAGUUUCACUGUUUGUGUUGGUAAUAAAAUUGAAGCAAAAUGUAAGUUACUAGAAAAACGAAUGGAAACAUUUGCAAGCAGGAAUAAUACCACUACACCCACUGCCAUCAAAUCAAGUAAAACGAAAACCACAAUCGAAAUGGGAACCGCAGCAAAUAACCCCACAAAAACAGACACACAAACAAAAAAACAAAACAAAACCAGUGAAGCAGUAAUAUUCUAAACCAUAAUCAGGGAAUCGGAGUGGCAGCACUGUACAGUCACGCCGCCAUUAUGUUUUCUUACAAUACAUAUUAUACAGAAAAAAAAACAAGAGAAUCACGCUCCAGUAAGGCAGUAGAUACAAACAAUAAAGAAAUAAUAUACCUCAACUAUAAUAUAAUAAUCAUUAUUCGUUCAGUUCGAAACCAAUCGAAGCAUUGUACAUAGACAUCCCUAGCAAGCUAGCAAGAGCAAGUGUUUGGUUCUGAUCUCCGCUUAACAUAGUGUAGGUGUCUUCGGUAAUUGAAGGUAUAGUUUCAACGUUGACAACUGGCAGCGCCACCGGCGCCCAAUUCUUUAUCUUUAUGCUUUAAGAUAAUUGUAAACUACGAUAAAACAGACAUACAGAACAAUGCAUUUAAAAUACUAUUUUCAGAAAAUAGUUUCUAGGAUUAUAAACCGACGGCAUCGGCUGGAAUGGUCGUUUUCCGUUAACAAAAAAAUUUCGUGAUGUUGUUUCCCUAAGUUGCUACGCCUUAGAGCAUCCACAGCUUCCGUUUUUAAUCUGUUUCUUUCUUCAUUACAUGAAACUAUCAUUUUGUUUGAUUAUUAUUAUUAUUAUUAUUAUUAUUACUAUAAUUGGUUCUGUUAGUUCGGUAGGAAUUAAUAUACAAUGUUCUGCGGUCGUGAUGAAACGCAAACAAAAAAACAUUACAUUACAUUCUUAGCACGAAUAGAGUUGUUUUCUACUAUUCUAGUAGAAAAAAGAAAGUGAGAGAGAGAGGAAGAGAUGAACUUAAUAUAGCCGAAAUUUGUUCCCCGCGAAGUGAGACGUGGUUUUGUUGAUCUGUUUUCCGUUUGCCGAGCGUUUUUAUUAGCAGUCUGUAGACAAAGAAAAAAUUUCUGUUACAUUUUUAUAGUUAACUUUCAUGUGCAUCUAUACCUAUAAUGAUAAUGAAUUAACUAAUAAACAAGUAACAACAAACAAACAAAUGAAAAAAAAAAACAAACUGAUAGGCAAUACAACGUGGAACACUUUUACUAUGUAAAAUGAAGGCUUGUUGGAAGUCCAUAAAAAUCCGAUAUUCAACGUAGCGAGUGAAACAUCAAUUCUCUUUUUCCAUUAACUUGUUCUCGCAAUUCAGCAAUUGCUAUGCCGUUUGAAGGAAGGAGGAAAAUCAAUCAACCAACAAUCCGCGCGCAGUGUAGUUUCUACUGUCAUUAUCAGGCUAGGCAUAGUUUUGGUACUGAGCAACGGAAGUUGGAAUACAAAUAGAAAGCAAGAUUUGCGAAUUAUUAUACCCAUUAUAUAAACAUGCAAGUUUGUAAUGCAUAAAACGUGAGUGACCGCAUAGUCUCCAGAAUGUAAGUGAAAAGCGAAAAUAAAACUGAUUAAUUAUACUGA